AUGAUACAAAAUCGCUCGAUAUUGUAUGAAUUCUUACGUUUACAAAAAAAGUCACAAAACCCAUCCUAUCCUACUACUUCUUCUAAAUUACACUCAGAUGACUUUAUCGCAAUUCUUGAGCAGUCUUCUAGUACAAUAAAAGCAAAUAAAUUAUAUGAUUGUGUUCGCAAUGCAAAGGUUGAAAUAAAUAGUCUUGAAGAGGUAAUUUCAACACUGAAAUCAGUUAGAAAAUAUAUGAAACUGAGGCUAUUAGAUGGUAUAAUCAAUGUUUUGGAACAAAAUUAUCCUAGAUUUUCUGAAGGUCAAAUUAAUACGAGCAAUAAAGAAGAGUUUAUUGAAAGGAAUCAAUGUUCUACUGAAUAUGAAGUCAGAGAUUCCACUUCUAAUACUCAACGAAACACAUCGAGUUCUCCUCGCUCCAUAUCAUCAUCUAGUACUCCAACUAACUCUUAUAAUCCAUCCACUUCUAAUACUCAACGAGUCUCACUUGGCAAUGAUCCAUUCGGUGAUAUGUUCAAUAAUAUAUUUGGUAAUGGCUCAAUAUCAUCAUCGAACAAUCCAGCUAACUCUUAUAAACCAUCCACUUCUAGUUCUCAACGAAACACAUCGAGUUCUCCUCGCUCCAUAUCAUCAUCUAGUACUUCAACUAACUCUUAUAAUCCAUCCACUUCUAAUACUCAACGAGUCUCACUUGGCAAUGAUCCAGCUGGAGGUUUCAAGUUUUCAGGAGAAUGGAUCAAUAUUGUGAAGAAUACUGAGAGGUUUGUCAAGAAUCCAAAACUCCUUCAAAACUUAGAUUGGGAUGAAGAGUGGAGAAAAAUAUAUGAAACAAUGAACACAGAAGAUUUCCCAGAGAAAGUCGAUGUUAUGGAAUACAAUGAUGAUUACCAAAUUCAGACAAAGAAAUUCUGCGAUUCUUAUCAAAUUUACAACCCAUAUAAGAUAUAA